AUGUCGAGGGCAACUAGUAUUAAACCAGCUACACCUAGAGGAUCAAUACCUGCGAACGUUUCUGCUACCCAGGCAACAACUAAUGCCCUACGUAGAGGCAAUAAGCCUGUAUCAGGAGGAGCAGGAGCAGGAGCAGGAGUAGCAACAGCAACAGCUUCUAAUGCGGUGCCAAUGCAACCCACAAACCCUGUGCAAACUGCUCACCCAACUGACACGUACAUUCCUAUGUAUUUAAAGAAUUUAGUUCCCGAAUUGAACUCUUACGAACAAUUAUUGGAAGCUGAGAAGAAACUGGAUAUUUACUUGGCGAAAAAGAAGAUAGAUCUAUAUCAAAAUUUAUCGCAAUGGAAUAAUUCCGCUGCAUCAAAUGGUAUUUUCAAAUACCCUGAUGCUAAAGCCAUCCAAUACUUGAGAGUGUUCAUUUCAAAUAUUGCUGAAAAUCAACCUUGGCAAGAUCCAAAUUUCAAUACCACUAGUCCUGAAAGAGAUGAAAUGAUUACAGCUGCAGCUAUAACAAGUAUCAAUAAUAAUUCAAAUACGAAUAACAAUCCUUCCUCUUUACAGACCAACAACUCUAAUAGCAUGAAUAAUAACAAUAACGCUGCGGCAUCAAAUCCUAACGCACCUUCAUGGACAAUGAGAAUAGAAGGAAGAUUAUUAAACGAUCAGAACGCUCAAGAUCCAAACAGAGCCAAGUUUAGUUCUUUCAUUCAAGAUAUUGCCGUAGAUUUUAUAAAACCAGCACCAAAGGAAGAAGAAACUAACAAAGAAAUAAUAUCCUCAGAAAUUCAACAGCCACAACAGCAGCAAAAUGAUUUAGUAAAUGGUACUGGUCUUUCUUUACCUUUACAAAUGAAUCAACAGCAACAAUAUCAGCCGCUAGUUCAACCACCAGCAUCACAACCACCGCUACCACAACAACAAACCAAAACAGAAAUCAAAGAUAUAGUAGAAUGGCAUUUCGAUCCAAACAAUCUCGUAGAUUUCGAUGGUUUAGAUAUUAAGAGAACGGGAUCAGAAAACCUCACUUGUGUCAUUACAAUUCAACCAAGAGGUAUCACUGGAGAAAUUUUACAAUACUCUCCACAAUUAACUUCAAUUAUCGGUUUGGCAAGAGGUUCAUUACAUGAAGCCAUUUAUUCAAUAUAUAAAUAUAUUCUAAUCAAUGAUUUGUUAGUUGAUGAUGAUACAGUGGAAUUAAAAAACAAUGUAAAUGCCAAACAACAGCAAAAUACAAAUGCGAAUGUCAACACAAAUAACAACAAUAAUAAUAACACGAAUGGUGAAAAGACAAUUAUCGAAUUAGAUGAUCUGUUAUCUACAUUAAUUAAUGAUGAAAUAAAACCCUCUACUAUAAAAUUAGGAGACUUACAACGUCUCGUUAGUCUUCACAUAUCUCCUAUCCCUCCUAUUAAGAUAGAUUAUACUGUAAGAGUGGACAAGGCCUCCACCUACGGUGAAUUAGUUUUUGAUAUUGAAGUACCCAACCCUUUUACUGAAGAAACCUCCAACAGCUCAAGUACAAGCUCGUCUAACUCUAACACCAGCGCGAACGUGGAAGCAGAUCCUAGAAAGGAAAUGGUUACUUUAUUAUCUGAAUUAGAUAAAACAGAUCAGGAAAUGAGACCAAUAUUCCAAGAUUUCGAUAAACAAAUUACUACAUUACAAUUACAACUAAACGAUACAGCUAACAAGUAUAAAUUUUACAAACAAUUAGCUGAAGAUCCUGUUCCUGUGUUGCAAGAAUACAUUGCUUCCUCGGCAAAUGCUUUGAAAGUGUUGUCUGGUGAUGAAGGUUUCAAUGAAGAUUCUGUGAGAAGAGCUCAAUUUUAUAAGGAUAACGAGGCUAUGCUUUAUGAGAAUUUGAGUAUUCUUUUGGCUAAUGGUAGAAUGUGA